UUUACGGACAUCAAAACCCACCUUUCCUUCUCGUGUUGGAAACGGAGAUCUCCCACGUCCUCAACGCGAUCAGUACCAGUUCACAGUUUAUAAGUCAUGACGGCAAAUAUGAGCAAUGGCAUUCAUCCGCGCUACGUGCCCCGCGAUCAAAAAGAGGCCCAGACGUUAGCCUCCUCCAUUCAAGUCCUUCGCGUCUCAGACAAUAAACCGUUCCUCGCUGCAAAAAUUCCGAGUAUGUUAUGCAAAGACGCAAUCGAGACAGACGACGAGGGCGAACCAACCAUCACGACCAAUCUCGCAUCAGCACUUCUUCCCGUUGCCGCCCUUCCAAUAUCACGGAUUCUCAACCAUCCAAACAUUAUCUCUCUCGUUGACAUUGUUCACAAAUCUGGUGAAGAAGGCAGUAACCAGAACUUUGGAGCCUUCAGCGACAUCACAAUCUGGGAAGACAUGAAUGCGGGCAGCUUAGCAUAUCUUCUUCCUCCCGUGAACAAUUAUCCCACAUUCUCCGACGAAACUGCAUGGCACAAUCUCGCCGCUCAAAACUUUCGACGCUUCUCCCUUCCCGAAUCUCUCUGCUGGCAUGUUCUCAAAUCCAUGUGCAGAGCACUUCUAUGGCUCCAUUUCGGUAUCAAGGAAACGCCUGGUAUACCCGGAGAAUACAGACCCCACGACGAUGACUGGCAGCCGAUUCUAAUCAUGGAUGUCAGUCCGCCUCAAAUCUGGUUCAAGAGAGCGAGAUUUGGAGAAAUGUAUGGAGAGUGCAAGUUAGGUGGCUUUCAGUGGGCGAAGGUCACAGGUAUGAUUGGUGGCAGGAUGGCGAUGGCGAAUAUUAGAUAUGAUGCGCCUAGGAGGAACCAGUACUACUGGGCCCCGGAGAUAUACAGGAAUACCAACUCCUGGUCCCGCCCAUCAGAGAUCUGGUCUUUGGGUGCAACAAUUUAUACAAUGAUGACCGGUAUCCCUCCCCCUCGUUUUCACGAUUGGAAUUGGCAAGUCUCGCGUAUGUGCGAUAAAGGGUUCUCACAGCCACUGCGAGAGAUUGUGGGAGCGAUGUUGAAGCAUCAUCCUGCGGAUCGCCCCACGGCGCUAGACCUGGUGAAUAAGGUCAAUACUGAGUGGAAGAUUUGGAGGUCAAACAGCGUGGAAGGGAGGAGAGUGGUGGAUGUUGAUGAUAAGAUCAAACUCAAGAUGUCGCUGGGUCCCGGUGUAGGGCAGAUGGGCUCGAUGUAAGAUGCACGGGUGUGAAUCUUUCCAACGGGGAAUUCUUAUGGUAUCAUCAUUCUAGUUCUUUUCAGACUUAAAACAACAUUCUUUCCAUCCCAUCCCGUUUUCAACCCCACAUUCCGCAUCUUAAAAUCCUUUCCUAUCUCCUACUUAAAAACCUCAACCAACAUCUCAACCAUAGCAG